AUGAGUUCUUUAAGCAGCAGCAAAGUAAAAGAUAUAACUCUUGCUGCAUUCGGGAGAAAGGAGAUAGAGCUUGCUGAAGCAGAGAUGCCUGGUCUAAUGGGUAUUAGAAAGGAGUACUCAGCGAAGAAACCUCUGCAAGGUGCUCGUAUUACAGGAUCGCUUCAUAUGACUGUACAGACAGCUGUAUUAAUAGAGACAUUAAAAGAUCUCGGGGCUUCACUUCGCUGGUGUUCCUGUAACAUAUUCAGCACUCAAGACCAUGCAGCAGCAGCUAUUGCUGCUAAUCAAUCUGCUGCUGUCUUCGCUUGGAAGGGAGAGACAUUAGAAGAAUACUGGUGGUGUACAGAACAAGCUUUGAACUGGGGGGACGGUGAAGGCCCCGAUUUAAUUGUUGAUGACGGCGGAGACAUGACGUUAUUAAUUCAUGAGGGUGUUAAGGCAGAGAAGAUGUUUGCUGUAGAUCCUAAGCAGCUUCCAGACCCUUCAAGAGCAACAAAUGAAGAAGAAAAAGUAUUAUUAAUGCUAUUAAGAAAGAGCGUUCAAGAAGAUCCGACAAAGUAUCAAAGAAUAGCUAAACGUCUGGAUAAAGAGAGACAAAUAUAUAAAGAUAAUAAUGUUUAUAAGCUCCCAACUGCCUUAGACGAGAAAGUAGCUGCUCUUCAUCUACCUGCAUUAAGAGCAAGCCUUAACAGAUUAACUCAAGCUCAAGCAGACUAUAUUAAUGUGUCUCCUCAGGGACCCUUUAAAAGACCGGAUUAUAGAUAUUAA